AUGUUAUGUCUUUCCACGCUGGGAAAAACACUCAUCAACACCAAGAAGCUUCAGACCCCCACAGAGGUGGUUCACAAGACUCGAUCUCUUCUCCUCUAUUCCAAAAACUAUCCCAAUGCAGCCUCCCAGGUUUCUUCCAAUGCAAAUGAAUUGAACUCAUUAGUUAAGGAGUUAAAGUUGAUUCUCUACGGUGAUGAUGACUCCGAGCCUUGUGAGCAAGCAUGUGCACAGUUGACUGAGGAGUUCUUUAGAGAAGACACAAUGCGUCUUCUCAUUAUCUUUCUUCCCAAGUUGAACUUGGAGGCCCGUAAAGAUGCAACCCAAGUUGUUGCAAGUUUGCAAAGGCAACCCUUGCCAUCACGUUUCCAAGCUUCCAAAUAUUUAGAAUCCAAUCUAGAUCUUGUUGAUAUUUUGAUAUCCGGGUAUGCAGAUCCUUUAUUAGCUCUCCAUUAUGGAAGGAUGUUAAAAGAGUGCCUACGUCACCAAGUUGUUGCCAGUUAUAUAUUAGAACCAAUUCAACUAAAGAAACUUUUUGGUUACAUACAACUUCCAAGUUUCGAUAUUUCUGCAGAUGUCGCCGAUGUAUUCAAGGAUCUAUUGACUAGGCAUAAGUCCACUGUAUCCGAAUCACUAUCCAAAAACUAUUCUUGGUUUUUUACAGAAUAUAACGAGAAACUAUUGAAAUCUUCAAACUAUAUCACUAAAAGACAAGCUAUCAAGCUAUUAGGAAGCAUAUUGCUUGAUCGUUCAAAUUCUGCUUUUAUGAGACGCUAUGUUAGUUCAAAAGACAAUCUGAUUAUUCUAAUGAAUCUUCUAAGGGAUACAAGUAGGAGCAUCCAGAUAGAUGCUUUUCAUGUGUUUAAGCUUUUUGUAGCUAAUGAGGAGAAGCCUAUUGAAAUAGUAAGCAUACUUAUUACCAAUAGAAAUAAGCUUCUACGUUUACUUGGUGCCUUUGUCUAUACAGAUGACCAAGUGUUUGAGACAGACAAAGAUCAAGUGGUCAACGAACUCACUUUACUGGAGAUCUAA